UGCAAGACCAGGGUGCUGAAUUCUGGAACAGGGAUCUAGAUUAAGGGUCUAGAAUAAGAAAGGGAGUACAUGUAGGUACCUACCUUAGGUAGGUACAUAUCAAAGACGAUACGUAGUACAUGUAACUGACGUGGCGUACUGCUGUGUAACUCGAAAACGAAAGACUGACAUCAUACAGGGUUAAGAGGCAGCGACGGUCAGCUACAAAUCUGAUAAUGUUCGCUGACAAUUACAACCCCGAGCAGUACCUAAACGGAGUUGUAGGUAGUAUCUAAGCUCGGAACUUAGAACGUUUGGGUCUCUAUCAGUCUAUCGGCCACGUGGGGCAGAUAUGUUGUGUGUCGUGGGGUCCCCCCUCUAGCGCUUUCUUUGAAAUGUUUCUUCACCUCUUCUUGUUUGUACCCUUUUCAUAUACCUAAGUCAUAUUUCGGGAUCAUUUCUUCACCUCAUUCAGGAGCAGGUUCUAACUGAUUGGUGUUACCCAUUUCGAUUCCCAACUACAUCCCUAGAGCUUACCACUCCGUACAAAUACCAGCCGCGGCCACGAACAUCUCCUUCAAGGACGAGCUAUCCUGCCCGUACUUAAAGGCGGGAUGUCCUCCAAUAACCAGGAAGGCAUUGAGCCCGGUGUUGUAAUAACUCCCAAGGUCUCUGAACCAUGGGCGGUCGAGAAGGUGCUAGCACAGAUUCACCCCGAAGCCCCUGCCGAGGAUUCGAGCUCACCAGUUCCUUUCUUCCAUAUCCUCGAGCGGUUAAAGACGGGCAAGCGAGAAGGAUGGCGGCGGUUCGGAAUCAAGAGAGGCGAAUCGAUCGCGGAUCAUAUGUAUCGCAUGUCCUUAAUGACCUUCAUAUGCCCCCCUUCGCUUGCAUCCAAGCUCGAUCUUAACAAAUGCAUGAAGAUGUGCCUCAUCCACGAUAUGGCCGAAUCAAUCGUCGGGGACAUUACGCCGGUAGAUGGUGUCCCGAAACCGGAAAAAAGCCGUCGCGAGGCCGAGACAAUGGACUAUAUUUCCAAGAACUUACUGGGCAAGGUGUAUGGAGGGGUUGCCGGACAGGAGAUCCGAGCGAUCUGGCAGGAGUAUGAGGACUCCAAAACACCCGAAAGCCUCUUUGUCCAUGACGUAGACAAGAUGGAAUUAUUGUUGCAGAUGGUGGAGUACGAGAAGCGGGCGGAUAAGCGCCUGGACCUGGGCGAGUUCGCUUACGUUGCGACCAGGGUUGUACUUCCGGAAACGCAGGAGUGGGCAAAGGACAUCCUUAAGGAACGCGACGAGUUUUGGGGUUCGGCACCGCAUGUUCAUGGAGAAGCCGGUGUGAAUGGCGGUGUGAAAAAGACGACGACACAGGAUCAAGACGCCUAUUACUCUAAAGAGGAGAGCUAAAAAGGAGAUGGGCUGCUAUUGGCGGUAAGCAAAACAUAUUGCGGUAUUGCAGUCUUGCGCCGACAUUAAAAGAUUCUUGCUCGUCGUUUACGCUUUUUGCUUCAUGUCAGGUAUGGAGCAUUAUCACAUUAUCAUGGUAGGUAGAAUGGGAAAACACUAGGGGUUCGGGACGGCAUACAACCCUCAUUAGAAAAUGGAGCAUAUGGUUAUGACCAAUAAUGAUAAGAAUAUUGCAACGCUGCCGACCGCUUCUUCUAUUUCACCGGUGAAGAGGCGCGGAGGGGAAGGUGUUAAAAUAAUGUACAUUUAACUGAGGACCCGCUAUCGAAUCCGGUACCCGGGACUGGCACCCGGGGUUGGCUCUUUGGCCACUUGGCGACUGCUGUUCUAUUGACUUUUUAUGCUGUUUUGACCUAGUAACGGGUGUGAUGAUUAAACUUAAUAAUCAACAACUCCAACUUUUUAGAAUUAGAAUUAAUACAGCGCAUAAGCACUUGAGAAA